UUCCUCUUGUUCUUCCUACUUUUCUUCCUCUGCCAGUUUGUCUACAUCAAUCGCUUUUCCUACGACUCCUCUUCCCAUAAACACCAGAAGAGACCUGUGCACCUCCUCAUCAUAUCCUCCUGGCGCUCUGGUUCUUCGUUCCUCGGGCAGAUCUUCAACCACCACGAAGAUGUCUUCUACCUCUUUGAGCCUGGAUUUUCUGUCUGGAUGAGGUUUAAGCAGGAGAGUGUGGAGCUGCUUCACUACCUGGUCAGGGACCUCUUCCGGUCGCUUUUUACUUGCGAUGUGUCUCCGCUGAAGCAUUACCUUCCCAGAGGUGGGAAGUCGAUUUCUGAAAUGGGUUUCUUUGCGGAAAGCCGAGCUUUGUGUUCUCCGCCAUCUUGUUCUGGCUACAUCCCAGCUGAAGGUUUUGAUCGUCUCACAUGCUUGUACCGUUGUAAAAACACUACCUUGGAUAAAAUGGCCGAGGCAUGUACCAAAUACAGUCACGUGGUGAUGAAAACAGUCCGCAUCCUCAACUUAUCCGUCCUUCUUCCGCUUUUCCGAGAUCCUGCUCUUGACCUACGAAUUAUCCACCUUGUAAGAGAUCCUCGAGCUGUUGUGGCAUCCAGGAAACAUUUCGGUCUUGGCAUCGAGGACCGAAUUGUUCUUAAUGGGGGAAAUCAAAAGAACAAGAUCACUGUUAACCAGGCCAUGGCAAAGAUCUGCAACGCACAGGUAGCCAUUAACAAACUGGCCGCGGCUGUUGGACUUUCUCUGCGGGGGCGAUACAUGCUUAUACGCCACGAGGAUCUGGCGCUGGAACCUGUUAAAAAUGCCAAAGAGGUUUAUAAAUUUGCCGGUCUAAAAAUGUCUGAAAAUCUAAAGUGGUGGAUCCAUAACAUUACACAUUCCGAGGAUAUACAGAAAAGGGGGUUCAUGACUUUUUCGAGACAAUCCUCACAAGUUGUCCAAAAGUGGAGAAUGACGAUGGCAUUCAAAGCGGUGAAAGAGAUUGAACAGGUUUGUGGAGAUGCCAUGGAGAACUUCGGUUACUUGCCGGUGAAAUCUGAAAAGGAUCAGAAAAACAUGACCGUCGAUCUUUUGUUAUAG